GAAAAAGUACUCGAGCAUGUCGUGAACGCUGACGUCGGCUCGUGUUUCUCGAUUGUUUACCUAUUUUGGUUUCCAACAUUAGCAAACCGUGUGUUCUGUCGUACCCAUCUAUGCUACAUUGCUAUCAGUGCAAGUAUUUUAAACAUCAAAUAUCUCAAAGAAAUAAUUGCUAAAUUGGGAUAUUUAUUACUUGUUUUUAACUACAUUAAGGUUAACGCUAGGCUAUAUGGUUGGUGAUUUUCAAGUUGUUCUGUAAACUACGGCACUUGACUAAUGAACCGGGCUGACGCUAGUCCAAAAUUGGAAACACUACUGGAGAAGACUUCAACGAUUUCUAACUUACGAUGUCCCGUAAGUGAAGAGGUUCUAUUUGCUGAUGCUGAUUUGCUGAUACUGCAAUCGAACCUUGUUUUCAAUCAGCAAGCGAAUGUGUAGCAAAAUGCUAUAUUACUCCCUAAGGAGACAAUUGGUUUAAACCCGUCUUUGUGCCUUUAGGGCACAAAACACAAAUAUAAUUAGUCUAGAUGUUUGCGUUUCGGCUUCGUCUAUUCAGAAUCACGGAACUUGAUCAGUGCACCGGGCUGACGCUAGUCCACUACACUACUUAUGCUGAAAACAUGUUUAAGGCCGAAACUCCAAUAGAUGACUGUGAUAGCGACGAUACACAUGACAUCGAAGAAGUAAAUGAAUGCCAGAUUCAAUUUGAGGCCGAAGAUUGCAAAAUAUUCGAAGAAUCCUGUAUAGGAACUGGAAGCGCCGAGUUAAACGAAGAAGUGGUUGAUAAAGAAGAACCUGAAAACAAGUCAUACUCGUGUGAAGUAUGUAACCAAAAGUGUCGAAAUAAGCGGAGUCUAAAAAGGCAUUACCGAUGCGUUCACGAAAACGCAGCCAAGUUUAGUUGUAACAUAUGUGGUAAGAGUUAUUGGACCGUUAGCGACGUAACAAGACACAAACGAGUUCACACUGGUGAAAAGCCAUACAAAUGUAACGUCUGCGAUAAAUCUUAUUCGUGCAACCAGACUCUUACAGAGCAUAUAAGCGUGCACACAGGUGAAAAACCAUUUAACUGUGACAUUUGCGCAAAAAGUUUCAGUACCCAGCGAAGACAGAAACAGCACAUGCGAACACAUACCGAUGAAAAAAUAUUUAAAUGUGACAUCUGUACCAGAAGCUUUAGUAAAAUUGAAAACCAGAGGCAGCAUAUGCUAACACAUACUGGAGAAAAACCUUAUAAAUGUGACAUAUGCGACAAAAGUUUCCGCUUUCCCACCAGUCUAAUUAAGCACACUCGACUUCAUGCAGGUGGGCUGAAGUGUGACAUUUGUGACAAGAUAUUUUCGUUUCAUCAUCAACUUGUCGAACAUCUUCGUACCCAUACCGGCGAAAAACCAUUUAAAUGCGACAUUUGUGGCAAAGAAUUUGCAAUUCGAAAAGGUUUCCUGACUCAUAAGCGGCUUCAUAAAGACGACCGACCUUAUGAUUGCCAUUUAUGCAAGGCAGCGUUUAUCCAGCCCGCAGGACUUAAAACUCACAUGUUGGUUCACACUGGGGAAAAGCCGCAUACUUGUGAUAUCUGUGGGAAAGGCUUUAAACUUAAAAACGCCCUGAACAAACAUUUACGUGUACACACAGGCGAAAAACCGUUCAAAUGUGAUAUCUGCGGUAAGCAGUAUAUUGUGCGAAGAGACUUAACUAUUCAUCGGCGGAUCCACAACGACGACCGACCAUUCAAGUGCAAAAUAUGCGAGUCGGCAUACACCCGCGCCGUAACGCUUAAAGCCCACAUGGUGAUUCACACGAAUGAGCGAUCACAUACUUGCGAUAUCUGUGGGAGACACUUCUCCAGAAAAAAUUCUCUGAACCUUCAUAUGCGCAUUCAUACUGGCAAAAAUUUAUUCCACUGUGACCUCUGCGGUAAAGGAUUUACCGUCAGAGCCAAUUUAUUGAUUCAUCAGCGAAACCAUAACAACGAUCGACCAUAUAAAUGCGAUAUAUGUAAUUCAGCUUUUACCUCGUCUACCUCGCUCAAACAACACAUGUUGGUCCACACAGAUGAACGGCCAUUUACGUGUGAAAUAUGUGGGAAAGGGUUCGUCAGAAAAUAUCAACUUCUAAGUCACAUGCGUGUACAUGCAGAAGGAAACAUUUACAAAUGUAAUGAUUGUGGCAAAAGCUCCAGUCAUAAGCGUUUUAACAAGACGCACAAGUGUUCACUCACCGCGAGCACAGUCUGUGCCGUAACAACGAAUAAGGCUUACUCCUGCCGCAUAUGUAGCAAAGAGUACAUCAGGCCUGAACAACUUGAGGAGCACAUGAAUACGCAUGACGGAAUAACUUCGGAUAUUGGCGUUUCACCAUAGCUGGAAUCAAUUUCGGAAAUAUCCGAUUCAAAGAAAGAAUUUGACUGAUUACGAUGUUAGAUAUAAGAAUAUUUUUCAGUAAGUUUUCGGGCUAUUGAAUUAAUUAUGAAGUUAAAUUGUCGAAUUGAAAAACCUAAAUAAAU